AUGACAAUGUUUCAUUUAUCAACUGAAUUAACAUCAGUUUCUGUUGAUUCUAAAAAUACCAAAUUUUCAGCAUAUAAUGGAAUAAUAUAUUCUAAGGGAUACAAAAAUGCUAUUGCUUGCAUUGGUGGUAUUUCUUCAGUGGAAACUAACCCUGAAUGCAUAUCAAUUGGUCAUUACUGUUUUUACCAAUGUAGAAAAUUAAAAUCGAUAAAAAUGAAUGAGGGAAUCACAUCAUGUGGAACAUAUUCAUUUAGAGGAAUAAAUAUAAGCUCUAUAGGUAUACCUUCAACAAUGCAAAAUAUUGGUGUUUAUUGCUUUAGGUCCUCAACAGUCAAAAAUAUAAUAAUAAUGGGUGGUGGUCCCAAGACAAUACAAAGCUAUGCUUUUGAGUAUUGCACAAUUGAACAAAUCAAUUUUGGAAUCAAUUUGAGAUAUAUUGACUGGGGCAUAUUUCGAAAUUCGAAAAUUAAUUCAGUAACAUUCAACGAAGAUUGUCCAUUAUCAAAGAUUUCUGGAGAGACUUUUUUAUAUGUUCAAUAUUUAAAAACAAUACGAAUCCCAAAAAACAUUGAGCAAAUUAAUGGUCAAGCUUUCGCAUAUGUUCGAUCUCUAUCAACAAUUGAAUUUGCCGAAGGUUCAAAAAUUAGUGUUAUUGAUACAAUGGCAUUUAGACAAACAAAUAUUUCUUCUAUUUUGUUGCCUCAAUCAUUAACAUUUCUGGGUGCAAAUGCAUUCAGUGAGUGUAGGAAUUUAAGAAGUAUCAGUUUCGCACGAGGAAUGAAUUUGAAGAAUCUUGGUGGUGGAGCAUUCAGAUCGUGUAUAUCUCUCCCAACUGUGACAAUUCCUGCAUCUGUAUCAUUGUUCGAUCCAUCUGCAUUCGUUUUCUGCUCAAAUCUGAUGAGUAUAAAUGUUCCAAGUGAGAAUAUGAAUUAUACGAGCAUAGAUGGAAUUGUGUAUACUAAGAAGAACGACAAACUUAUAUGUUGUCCAGGAGGAAGAGUUAAUGCAAUGAUAUUCAAACAUAUCAUUGUCAUUGGAUCAAAUGCGUUCUACGGUUGUUCGAAACUCGAGAAUCUCACAUUCGAGGAAGGAUGUCGUCUUGAAGUGAUCGAAGAUGGAACAUUCUUCUCGUGCACAUCUCUCAGGAGAGUUGACCUCCCAACAUCACUCAUUACAGUUCAGCAGAGUGCGUUCUCUGGGUGCACACUGUUAGCGAUUAUCACAUUCACUGAUUAUGCGAGAGCAGAUCUCGGUGCAGACUCAAUAUUCGCAGAUUGCGUGAGCUUGACGACGAUAUCUUUCUGGAGAUUCUGUGCACUCAAGAAUCUUGGUUCAUCGAUAUUCAGCAACUGUAUCAAACUGAAAACGAUCAACAUCCCUGCAAACUGCACGAAGAUCGGAGAUAGUGCAUUCUCUGGAUGCAAGUCAUUGUCUGAUAUAAGAUUCGAGUCGAACUCAAAUCUGAAAUAUCUUUCUUCGUCUGCGUUCGUCGGAUGCACAUCACUCUUGACAUACAAUGUACCAGACUCGUUCAAAGAGAUAACAUCUGCGUGUUUUGGAGGUGCACAAUCGAUAACGACAGUAAACAUCGCGAGCAUGAUAAAUAUCGAUCGUAUCGGACCGAAUGCAUUCUCAUCGAUUCCGAUGACUCGGAUAAACAUCGGUCUCGGAACAACAAUAUCUCUCAUCGAUGAGUAUGCAUUCCAAAACACGAGAAUAUCUUCUCUAGAGAUAUUGUCAUCUGUAAUAAUAUCUCGAUACUCUUUCAAAGGAUGCAGUCUAUUGAGAACGAUUUCAGUCCCUCUCGCAUCAUCGAUCGGGAACAAUGCGUUCGAAGGAUGCACGAUGUUAGAAUCGUUCAGUAUCGAAAAUACUGUGACAAUAUCUUCUUUCGUAUUCAAAGGAUGUACAAAUCUGAGAUCGGUCAAAAUUCCGAAAUUGAUAUCUGAACAAUCUUCGAUAACAAUAUUCUCAGCAUCACCAUCAUCAUCAAUGAGAAUGAGAAAGAGAAUAUUGUCAACAGGUAGCACAUCGACAUUCCCGAUUGGUUUGUUUGAUGGAUGUAAGAAUCUUUCUUCAUUAUCAAUCAGAAACAACAUCGAAUCGAUAUCAGACUAUUGUUUCAGAGAUUGUAUCAGUUUGAUUUAUGAUAUCCCGAGAACUGUGACGAUGAUCGGAAACGAAUCAUUCAAGAACUGCAUCAAAGUCAACAACAUUCCGAGUGAUGUUCAAUACUUCGGUAACAUGUCAUUCUAUGGAACGAACAUCAAGAAAGUUAUUCUGAUCAACAGAUAUACGACAUACAUCGGAUCUUCUUCUUUCGAAAACACACCUCUCAGAAUCAUAUUCUACUGUGGAAAUCGUGAUUUCUCUAAUUUUGACAAAUCUUUCGAAGAUGACUCUCAAGUUGUUGUCACAUAUGCAUAUGAACAAUCAACAUUUUGUGGAUCACAUGCUUACCGCAUUCAAUCUAACACAUGCAAUGAUAUAAUGGCAACAAACUAUGAUCGGAUUGAUAUUCUGAAAAAAGAACUGAAAAGUCAUAUGAAGAAAAACCUUUUAUUCUUAUGUGCUAUAGAUCCUCUCGGACUUUGGUAA